AUGCCGGGUGGGGGUCCUCAGAGCGCCCCGGCGCGUGGCAGCGGGGCCCUCCGCUCAGGCAACCAGGAUUGUGCAGCACCUGCAGCAUCUUUUCGGAGGAGGAGGCUGGCACGGAGGCCGGGCUACAUGAGAAGCACAGCUGGGCCCCAGAUCGGGUUCCUUGCCCCAGCAGUGGGCACCCCAUUCUGGCCCCAGGGAGAGGUGUGCAGUGAGAAGUCUGAGUCAAGGACUGCACAGUGUGCGCUUGACUCUGGAAGCCAGUGGCAAGGUCCCUCUGCUGGGAGCCCUGUCCCCAAGGGCACAACAGCCUCUAUCCUGACCUCUCUGGGCCACCUACGCCUGGCCCUGAGCCCUGUAAGGGGAGCCACGGGGCUCUUUGGGAUUCAGCUUCGAGCUGCUGCCAAACUUCCCAACAGGAUAACCAGGUCAUGUGGCCCUGGGAACAUCAGCUGUCAGGGGGAGCUUCCAUCCAUGGACAGUGCUGAGCCCCCAGACCUUAGCUGGGAUGCAGCCUGCAGCGAAGGAGCAAGGGGCACCUGGACAAAGGGCUGUCUGGCCUCAGAGGAGGUGAGUAGUGAUAGCUGCAGCCUCGCAAGUGGCCUCAAAGCCCCCUCAGCCCCAGAAGGCUGUCAGGAUGCCUUCACCUCCAGCUUUAGCUUCAUCCGGCUCUCACUUGGCUCUGCUGGGGAACGUGGAGAAGCAGAAGGCUGCCCACCAUCCAGAGAAGCCAAAGCCCCUUGUCAGAGUCUAGAGGAGACAGAAGCCAUGGCUGCUGACUUGGAAAGGCCUCAUGCGGACCUUCGACUUCUCUCUCUGUCCUGCAGUCUCAAGACAGCUCAGGGCCCGGAACACUGUGUGCAGGCCGCAGGGGGCAGUCCCAGUCUGGCUUGUGAGAAACUUGCUUUAUUGGCCACCGACACUGCCUCCUCCUGCUUCCAGGGUAACAUCUUGGGGGAUGCCCUCCCCUCGGACCUACUUCUCAGGAAAUGUGAGUCUGUGCUACUGGACUGCCUGCUGAGCCACCGGAGGCAGCUGGAGGUAAAAUCCUUAAGGUUAAAUCUUCAGAAACUUCAAGAAAAAGCAAUUGAGGAUGAUGAUUUUGAUAAAGCUGAGAUGUUAAAACAAAAAUUAGAAGAAUUGGAGAAAGAGAAAAGUGACCUGCAAUUUCAGCUUCCUUCCAGGCAGCCGGCCCUUCGCAGCCUCCUGCACCAGCUGGGAGCACAGGCCCAGGCUGCCUUGCAUCGGGCUCUGCAGGUUGGCAGUGACAGCCCCCAAACCACACUCAGAACAGAGCUGAAGCCAUUGGUGCCCACUGCUCAGGACCACCUGCAUGUGGCCAUCACCAGACGAGACUGGCUUCUUCAAGAAAAGCAGCAGUUGCAGAGGGAAAUUGAAGCCCUGCAAGCAAGAAUGUCUGUGCUGGAAGCAAAAGAUCACCGGCUGAGAAAGGAGAUAGACGAGCUGGAGCAGCUCCUUCCAUGGCAGGGCUGUGACUUGACACCCCUGGUGGGCAGGCUGUCCCUGGGCGAGCUGCAGGAGGUCAGCAAGGACUUGCAGGACACCCUGGCAUUGGCCAAUCAGAUCCCCCUCCGUGCAGAACCACCUGAAACCAUAAAGAGCCUGCAGGACAGGAUAAAAUCCCUCAACUUGUCACUUAAAGAAAUCACUGCCAAGGUGUGCAUGAGUGAGGAACUCUGUAGCACUCUGAGGAAGAAAGUUAAUGACAUUGAAACCCAACUACCAGGCUUACUUGAAGCCAAAAUGCUCGCCAUAUCAGGAAACCAUUUCUGUAUGGCCAAGGAGCUCACGGAGGACAUUACAUCAUUAACAUCAGAGAGGGAAGGGCUGAAGGGACUCCUUAACAAGCUGCUGGUGCUGAGUUCCAGGAAUGUCAAAAAGUUGGGAAGCAUUAGAGAAGAUUACGACAGACUGAGAAGAGAACUGGACCAUGGGGAAACAGCCUAUGAAACAAGUGUGAAGGAGAAAACAAUGAAGUACAUGGCAGUGCUGGAGGAUAAGCUGCACAGCUGCAAGUGUCCACUGCUUGGAAAAGUAUGGGAAGCUGACUUGGAAGCUUGCCAGUUGUUUAUCCAGAGCCUGCAGCUCCAGGAGGGCAGGGAUAACCAGUCUGCAGAUGAUGAGAAGCAGGUGGAUGACUUAGGGGGAGCCAUCCCCCCUAGGCUGCACUGUGAACAUGAGAGGAAGACCCCUUUGGAGGCCCUCGAAGAGUGGAAGGCUCACCUGACCACCUCGCCUCACUGUGCCAUCACUGAACAGAAAGAGGAAUCUUACAUCUUUUCUGCAGAACUUGGAGAAAAAUGUGAAGCCAUAGGCAAGAAAUUAUUGUACUUAGAAGAUCAACUUCACACUGCAAUCCAUAGUCAUGAUGAGGAGCUCAUUCAUAUCCUUUCAUCUUGCAGAUUAAAAACCUGCCAGGAUAUUUUGUAGAAGAAAGUCUGAAAAACACACACAACUUUUCCAUGCCUCAGCAGAGGAAAACACAUAGAUACCGCUACUGCUGUUAUUUAUAGUACAGCAUACAUCAGAUCUCUCAUAUUAUCCAUACUCUAAAAAGAGUAAUAUUUUCAUUCUAGUUUUUGAUAAUUCAGCAUUUUUGUUUAUAAAAUCUGGCCACUAAAAAUCAGCUAUAAGAUUCAGACAUGUGUGCAACAAGGUUUAAGAAAAUACAGUUUUCAGGGGUGUGAACUGGGUUUGUGGGGGCUCAGAUGGUUGUGAGUUUGACUGGCUUAGUAUUCUAGGGACUUUCUUCAUACCAAGCAACCCAAACCCAUCUUUGGCUUUCUUUACCAUACAACACUGUCUUGUGUGGACUGCAGAGUAUCACAGCAAACAGGACUUUAGAUCAUUUCCUUUUCAAGUUCUUCUUCAAGACUUAAUACUCUUGGUGUCACUUCUGCGCAUACCUUCAUCCGAACUCACUUUAAAUGAGCAAGACAGUGUGAGGACACACUUUGUGUGCUUCCACACGCAGGCUUAUAGCGUUUGCUGAUUGGUGGACACAGUCAGUGUGUCACUGUGUGGUUCUUGUGGGGGCUGAUAGAUGGUGCACAAGGUUGAAAGAUGUUCAGCCACCCUGUAUCUUUUCAGUUAUUUAAUUCAGAUACUUCUCCAGAUAAAAACACUUCCCUGUUCAUUCAUCCUUUCUAGACUUUUAUCAGAUGAAUUUGUGGAAAGUGUCGCUAUUUUCAUCUUUGCUUUUCACUGCUGUCUUUUCAGAAUCUCACUUUUUACCCUAUUUUUUCUUGAGUGUGUGUGAGCAUGUGUGUGUGAGAUUGUAUAUAUAAUGUGUGUGAUUGUUUCUCAAGGAUGUGAGAGUAUGUAUUCAUAUAUGUAUAUGAGAUUGUGUGUGUGUGUGUGUUAUUAUAUGUAAGUCCAGUGUGUUUAAGCAGUCUUAAAAGGUCCAGGAUUAAUCUUAGUUGAAAAUAUUCAGAACCACAGUUCAAUGAUAGAUUUAACACUGUGUUUUCUUCCUCAUUAUGACCUUAAAUCUUUGACCUUGCUUAUUAAACUUAGCAGGAAAUUUCUUCAACUUAAUCAACGAUUAACUUCAGGUUGCUAAAGAUAGAUUUUUUAAACCAGAUAUUCUAUUCUUCAUAGUUUCCUGCUUCUUACAGAACUAGCAUUUAAGUUAUUGUUAUAAAUGUGACCAAAGAAACAGUAGAAGAAUUUUGUUUUGGUUUUUGUUUAUUCGUGUUCUUGGAGCACACAGAUCUGAGGUCUUAUCAGGGAGCAUGACCUUCAGCAAAUGGGCAAGUGACAAUCUGUACCUGGGUGCCUGUAAACAAUGCCAUGAACAGAGCCAAUAUACAAGGAGGAGUUCCUGGCCCCAUGCCCAGCAGGCGAGGUUGUUUCUCAGUGGGAUGUACCUCAGCUUGUGGUGGGGUCAGGUGGCCUCCUCUGAGCAAUGAGGCUUUGUGUUGGUCUCUUGUUUAAAAACUUUCUAGAUGGUUACUUUGAUUUUAGGUCAUUGGCUUUCCUUCUUAAUAAGGUUGGGCAGCAGAGGAAGAGGCUGAGAGGGGACAGAGCUGUAUUUAAACAAGGUUGUUUCAGUUUUCCCACAACCAGUCCAAGCCAGGUCAUCAAGCAGCAGCAUCCAGAUUAUGGACAACUGAUGAAGUCUCUUUAGGCAGCAGCUUCCUCAUCUGUAACAUCUGCUAGAACAUGUUCCUCUCUUGAGGCUCAAUUUAAAAAUAUGUUUCAUAUAGUUCUUAUAUGUGGUAAGGGCUUGGUGUUAGGUAGAAAACUAUAUUCUCCAAGUCCAUUUGCCUUCCUAGUGUCUAUGUCCCAAGUUCAAACCACAUCUCAUUUGUACGUAAGAGGUGGAGCUUGAUUCAACUAUUUUGGAAUAAAUACUUGAAGGUAUCAAUGAACAGCUAUACAAUGACUUCUAUUAAAAGUCAUUUAAUUCUAGGGCCUCCCUGGUGGUGCAAGGGGUUAAGACACAACCUAUGAAGCUAUUCGCAGCCACUGCAGCAUGAGUUCAAUCUCUGGCCAGGGAGCUACCCACAUGGCACAACAGACCUCUCCUGACUUGCCUGCUGCCCCCCUCAGCAGUGUAUUUCAGUCAUUCUGCCUGUUCUGUUCCCCACUCUAUCUCUGAUGAAUCCUCUCACCCCCUGCACCUUUGGCCUGUACCCCAUUGUUGUAUGCAUAAAUAAAUAGUUUUAAAAAGUCAUUUAAUUCUAAUAAAUCUGCUAUAGAUAGAAGUUAUGAUUCCUACUUCAUAGUUGAGAAAACUGAAACUUAGCAAUUAUGUGGCUGGUCUAAGAUUAUUUCUAACAAGUCACAGAACCGUCCAGCCACAAGCCCUGUGUCCUACUUGGCCCAUCGGGAGGCAGCUGUGCCUGUAAAGAAGUGGACAAGCCUGUUCUAGGGAGCAUACAGGUUGCUAUAAAAAUUUCAAACC